AUGGCAGUAUUGUCUUCAUGCUUAGGUAGCCCCUACUUUGGGGAGCCAAGUGGUCCAAGAUACAAGAAGCCUUUCACUAUCUUUAGAAAGGCUACAGUGCUCCGCGGAUGCAGGGGACACGGAGUGAUGAUGCAAGAACGGACUCUGAUGACAGUGAAAGAAAUCUCUGGUGGGUCCCAAGGAGUAUUACAGAAGCAGCAUCCCUAUUGGUUGCUGCUAAGUUCAGCCAUCCAAACGGUGCCACGUCAGAUCGUAACCGAGCCAGCUGCGAAACGUGCGGCCCGAAAUAAUGAUGUUUCUACGGCCGACCCGCAGAAACAAGCCAGCAAAGAAGGUGCGAGCUUAAUGAUAGUGGCUAGCCCAGGCCGGACCGCGAGCCGCUACCAAGUACAGAGAGACCUCAGGCUCAUCAUUCACGAUCUGAAGUGGGACCCAUGUUCCAACAAAAUCGGCUUGGCCCAGCUAGCUGUAGCCGGCUUCACAUAG